AUGCGCAAGUACAUUGACAUGGGUAAAACAUCUGGUUUAUAUGCGGAUACUACAUCAGAUGGUUACAUGAUCUAUCGCACGACCUUCGUCAAAACCAACGAACAAGUUGCAAUCAUGGAGAAAGAAAUAUUUGGUCAUGUUGUGAACAUCAACACCUUCAAAACAGAAGCUGAAGUCCUGGAAAAGGCCAAUGAUACAGAAUUCGGGUUAUACCUAACUGUAUAUAACAGGAACAUCAACAGGACGCUGCGUAUUGCGAAGAGGUCGGAAGCUGGCACUGUAGUGGUCAAUUACUCGAGCCCUACACAAGGAAAGGGUAUGCUUUUUGGUGGGUACAAGGAUAGUGGUGUUUGUAGGGAAGGAACAACAGUUUGCUUUGACAAUUUCUUGGAGACAACGUCUGUAUUGGUGAAGUUGGGGGAAUUUUAG